UAUUGGUAAUCAAAUUGGUUUCACUGGCCUCAUACACUGGUCUACUUGUCGCAAGUGAACAUGGUGAAUUAGAGGAAAUCGAAAAUGAACGAUGCUGUGAACUCGUGAUCAAGUAUUUUGUGCGUAAAAAAUUAAUCAAACGAUAAAAAAAUAUCUUCGAUUUACGAAUGAAUAAAAUUUAUUAUGAAGAUUUAUAUAUUUAUUCAUAGUCUCGUAACGACUGUUUCAUCGGUGAUAAGUUUCAAGAAAGAUUUAUUAUUAGCAUCCGAUGUCAAAUCAUGGAUUACAGAUCACAAUUUUACAGAAAUCAUCAACUUAUCGUUUUCCUUUUCUAAAUGUUGUAACAUUCUUUUAAGCGAUUCAACGGAAGAUUCGCAUAUAUUUUUCGAUCGAUUCAGAACCGUUUAUCCUUACGAUUAUUUCUUGAAACGGAACACGAACGAGUACGAGCAAGAAUGUGACGGAUACCUUUUGCUAGGAUCGUGUGAUGACGAAAUUAUGGAAUUUAUGAGAAAAAUACCAUCGUUAGUGUGGAACACGGAAAUUCUAAUCAUUGUGAAUAAUGAUAUUUCUAACGACUCUAACAUUCUUGAUAAUUCCAUUUAUGGAAUUGCAAGUGUAAAUAUUAUUUCUAUGUCGGGUAUAUGGAAAUUAUCUGACAAUUAUUUGAACCCGCGAGUAUUUGCCAAACUUGAUAAAUACGAAGAGAUAAAGAUCGACGAGAAUAUUAAUUUUCACGGACAAGAAUUACAAGUUUGCAGCAUUUAUAAUCCUCCCAUGACUUACUUGAAUCAUACAAUUCGAAAAACGAUCAAUGGUUUCGAAGCUGAAGUGUACGCAAUGGACAACGAUUUGGACUGGGACGGUAUCGAAAUGAAAUUGUUCUUAAUAAUGGCGGAAAAAUUAAAUUUUACGUGGACCAUAAGAAAACCAGAGGGAAAUUACACAUACGGAAAACGAUUCAACGAAACAUAUUGGAUUGGCGGUAUGAUACAAAUGUUAAUCGAUCAAAAGGUAUAACCUAAUUUUUUUCACCAAGAAUAAAUUAAAGAGAGAUUAUUCGCAUUACACCCUUCGUCAUCCCCGUUUCAUCCCAAGGUGGAUAUCGCGUUUGCUAGCAUUUGGGUGACAUUGGAUCAGAAUAAAUUCGUUACAUUUUCGAUACCUUGGUACGAUGUGUAUCUCCAUUUCUUGGUGCCGC